GGAAGAAGGAAAACGAAUUCAAGAGCUGCUCUCAAGCAUCUAGAAUUCUCUGCACCCCACCUCUUGAGAAGAGACUGGCGCCAGCUCUGACUCAGUCUACUACAAGCUGGACUCUCCUCUUAAAGCACCAACUUUAUCUGAGCCUUUGGAUAAAACUGGAAGAAAAUAGUCCACGAGUACUGUGAACUCCGCAAGAGGCAGGGGGCUGACUACUGGUAGUAAAAACAAAAAGAUGACAGAUCCUGAAAUUGAGCUUUUCGUGAAGGCUGGAAGUGAUGGGGAGAGUAUUGGAAACUGUCCCUUUUGCCAACGCCUUUUUAUGAUCCUCUGGCUUAAAGGAGUUAAAUUCAAUGUGACUACUGUUGACAUGACCAGAAAGCCUGAAGAGCUGAAGGACUUAGCCCCAGGUACCAAUCCUCCCUUCCUGGUGUAUAACAAGGAGUUGAAAACAGACUUCAUUAAAAUUGAGGAGUUUCUAGAGCAGACACUGGCUCCUCCAAGGUAUCCUCACCUGAGUCCCAAGAACAAGGAGUCCUUUGAUGUGGGCUGUAAUCUCUUUGCCAAGUUUUCUGCAUACAUUAAGAAUACGCAAAAAGAAGCAAAUAAGAAUUUUGAAAAAUCUCUGCUCAGAGAAUUUAAACGUCUGGAUGACUACCUAAACACCCCACUUCUGGAUGAAAUUGAUCCAGACAGUGCCGAGGAACUCACAGUUUCCAGAAGAUUGUUCUUGGACGGGGAUCAGCUGACACUGGCUGACUGCAGCUUGUUACCCAAACUGAACAUUAUUAAAGUUGCAGCCAAGAAAUACCGUGACUUUGACAUUCCAGCAGAAUUCUCAGGAGUCUGGCGCUAUCUUCACAAUGCCUAUGCCCGUGAAGAAUUUACCCAUACAUGUCCUGAAGACAAAGAAAUUGAAAAUACCUAUGCAAGUGUGGCUAAACAGAAGAGUUAGGAUGCUUUUUUAGUAGAAAAAGCUCUCUUUUCACUUAUCAUAUUAUAAAGGUUUUUGGAAAAAAGAAUAUGGAAAAUACUGUUUCCUCUAUCCAACUCUUAUGAAAAGAAUGCUGUAUUUUCUGUAUCUAGUCAGUCCAAACUAACUUCUCACCGUGUAUUUUAAAGUUCUUUAUAUUUUCACUUAAUUUUCUUUAUUCCCAUGGCAUAACCACUGCAAUCUUAAAUCACAUGGAAAGUAUCAUGAUCUUUUGUUAUUUAAUUGAAUUAUUAGAAUGCAUUGUGUGUAACCUCAACAGAUGGCUGAAGUUCCAAAUGACAUAAAUAGAGCCACAAUCUUAAACUACUCCUUAGAAACACUUCCAUUUAAAUCAUUAAAACAAUUUUACAUUUUUGUUAGUUUAA